UCAAGACUGCUGGAGUGUCUUUGGAGGAUGUUGAAGUGUAUAACUAACUGCAUUGAGAGGCCUCUGUCUCUGGCCUUUGAAAUGCUUGGUUGUGUUAUUGGUAGAUAUCCAUGCGUGUUUCUUCUAUUAGCUUUAUAUGUAGCUGCAGCUCUUGGAGCUGGUUUUAUAUUUCUUAAUGAGAGGCAGGCAAAUGAUAUCGAAGACCAGUUCACACCUGUAAAUGGACCUGCCAAGAUGGAGAGGAAGAUUGUAGAGGAAUAUUUCCCUCAAUCUGAAGAAUUUUCUCACCUGCGACUUUCAUCUGAAGGAACUUUUGCAUCUUUGAUCAUUACAGACUUACAGGGAGGAAACAUAUUGACUGAAGCAGCUUUUGAUGACAUUAUUGAGCUAGACAGACAUGUCAAAAGUAUUAAGACAGAAAACACUUUCACAAGCCUUUGUGCCCAAAUAAAUGGAAAUUGUAUGACAAAUGCUGUUUUAGACAUCAUAAAUAACAAACCAAAUGAAGUAGUUUCAACAGCUAUUAGUUAUCCCAUACAUAAUGGCACAUUUUUAGGAACAAGUAUCGGUGGUGUUGAGCUAAAGGCAGGAAGCUCAGAGAUAACCAGUGCAAAAGCAAUCAGACUUUUUUAUUUUUUAAAAGAGGAGAAGACAAAGGAGAACUCUGAAUGGCUAGAUGGUUUUCUUAAAUUCUUCUCAAACUACACAGAGAUGAAAGUGGUGCAUGUGUCUUACUUCACAUCAGUAUCAAGACAGGAGGAGUUAGAAGCCAAUUCAGACUCGGUGAUCCCCUUCUUCUCCAUUACCUAUUGCUUGGCUGUUAAUAUUUCAAUUCUUUCUUGUCUGAGGUUAGACUGUGUAAGAACCAAGGUGUGGGUUGCCAUGUCUGGUGUACUCUCUGCUGGUAUGGCUGUUCUUGCCAGUUUUGGAUUGCUGCUCUUCUGUGAAAUGCCUUUUGCCAUGACAGUGGCCACAGCCCCCUUUCUCAUUCUUGGUAUUCCUGCUGGCAGAAGACAAAAGUUUAUGAUGAAGUUGAGGAUCGCUUAGCAGAAACAUAUAAAGAGGCCGUUGUUUCCAUCACCAUCACCAAACUGACAGAUGUGCUCUUUCUACAUUUGUCUCUUGACUCCAUUUCGCUCAGUACAGUCUUUCUGCAUGUACACAAGUACAACGAUUCUGUUCUGUUACAUCUUCAACAUCACAUUCUUUGGCGCCUGUCUUGCUCUGAAUGGAAGACGAGAGAAGGGUAAUAAACAUUGGUUGACCUGCAUGGAAGUCCCAAAAGCCAGUGAUGAUGAUGAUGCUACUGGUAAUAUUUGUUGUGUUGGUGGAGCUUAUGAUAAAGAUACUGGCACUGAUUUGGCCAUGCCAAAGGAUUUAUUCUUUAAAAACCCAUUACAGGCCUUUUCUGACAAAGACAUGGGUAAAGAUGUUUGUGUUUUUGCUCUAUGCUGGAUAUUUGGCCGUCAGCAUGUACGGAUGCUUCCAAAUAAAGGAGGGACUUGAUCUGUAAAAUUUAGCAGCAGAUGGCUCAUAUGUUGGUAGUCACCAUGAUGAUGAAGAUAAAUUAUUUUCUGCUUAUGGCCCCAAUGUCAUGUUAGUUAUGACUGAUGAAAAUUUCAGUACUGGAAUUCAACUGCAUGGGUACAAACUGCAUGACAAAAUCUUGACUUAUGUUUGGAAAAUUUUCAGAAUCUGUCAAUGAUUUCUAAACAUUCAGACAUUUCAUCUAUUUCAUGGCUUCAUGCAUAUAUGAACUUUGGAAAGAAUUUUGUUGUAAAUUUAGAUGAUGAAACGCAAUUCAAAAGACAUUUAAAUUACUUUCUUUGUGUUUCUGGUUUUAGUCAAGAUGUCAUCUUCACUAACAAUGGAAUUUGUGCAUCACGCAUGUUCAUUCAGACAGUGAACAUCCGCACAGCUGUAGAUGAGAAGGACAUGCUGAAUGCAUUCAGAGAAACAGCAGAACAAUGUGGAAAGGUUCAGACACCCAUUGACCUAACAGUGUACCACCCUGCAUUUAUCUACUUUGACCAAUAUGCUGUUAUUGUCACCAAUACAAUCCAAAAUGUAGUAGCUGCUACAUGUGCAAUGUUAGUGGUUUCACUCCUGUUGAUCCCAAAUCCUCUAUGUUCUCUCUGGGUCACAUUUGGCAUUGCAUCUGUCAUUGUGGGUGUGGCUGGUUUUAUGGCAUUAUAGGAUGUUAGUUUAGACUCAGUAUUUAUGAUUCAUCUUGUUAUUUGCAUUGGAUUUUUGGUGGACUUCUCUGCUCACAUUUCCUAUGCUUUUGUGUCAAGUAAAAAACCCUCAGCAAAUGAGAAAGCCUUAGAUGCCGUCUAUAAACUGGGUUAUCCAAUAUUACAAGGUGCAGUGUCCACUAUUGCAGGUGUAGUUCCCUGUCAAAAGCUACACUUAAUGCUGCGCUUGAUUCAGCGCUUAUGGGAACGUCUUUAGGAGUGACCAGCUGUGAAU